AUUAUCACCAUCACCUAUCAGUCGCGUUACAACCAAGUACAUACAGCGCGACGGCUAGCUUUGUAGAAAGAAUAUAAUAGUUUUCAGUACACGCGAUUCUCGAAGGUAUUUAUUCGACGCAUAUUCGACAACUGUUGACAGUAGAAAUAUAUUUUCGAUUUCUCACGCUGACAACAGUAGUUUCACAUCCUGUCUUUCUCAACUUCCUUUGAUAAUUAUAAUAAUAUGUCAAAGAAGCCAGGCAAUACCCCAGCAAUGCAUAAAGUUAUAAUGGUUGGGAGUGGAGGUGUUGGAAAGUCAGCUCUGACGUUACAAUUUAUGUAUGACGAGUUUGUACAGGACUACGAACCCACUAAAGCAGAUUCUUAUAGGAAAAAAGUUGUAUUAGAUGCAGAGGAAGUACAAAUAGACAUCCUAGAUACUGCAGGACAAGAAGAUUAUGCUGCAAUUCGAGAUAAUUAUUUUCGAAGUGGUGAAGGAUUCCUUUGUGUCUUCUCUAUAACAGAAGACGAUAGUUUUCAAGCAACUCAAGAGUUUAGAGAACAGAUCCUUAGAGUAAAAAACGAUGAGAACAUUCCAUUUUUGUUAGUGGGAAAUAAAAGUGACUUGCAAGAGAAAAGGAAGGUGAGCUUAGCUGAAGCUCAAGCAAGAGCACAGCAAUGGGGUGUACCAUAUGUAGAAACAAGCGCAAAAACAAAGGAAAAUGUUGACAAGGUAUUUUUCGAUUUGAUGCGUGAAAUAAGUUCGCGCAAGAUCGAAGACAAAUCGGCAAGUAACGGUCGUGGAAAAGACCGAGCGAAGAGGAAGAAAAAGAAGUGCAUUUUUCUAUAGGUAUUCUUUGAUUUAAUGCGUGCAAUAGUCGCGCGCAAAGCACAGGAAAAUCAAGGGGAUGGAAACGAGCGUAAGAAGAAAAGAAACUGCUGCCUUUUGCUCUAACGAAUAUAAAACGAUGUGUAUAAAUUCUGUAACGGAACAUUCAACUACUAAUUAUGAAAACCUGAGUAAGAGAAAUGAUAUAUAUACACUUGGAAGUUUUCUAACACUUUACAGUGAAAUGACAUUAAACAGGUUAAAUAUUUGCUUUGAGAACACGUCAAGUUUAAUAAAUUAUUCAUAUUUAUAUUCUAUGGAGGAUUACAAAAUUUCCGCUUUCUUGUUUUUCUUUUCAUAAAGUGGCUGAUUCAUUAAUGGUAGACUGAUAUUUACAAGCACCUUCAUGGUUACCGAUUUACAACACAGAUUUUGCUAUAAUGUGGAGUGUAAAAAGUUUCUGAUAGAGCACAAAUGUAGUUUGUUUGACAAUGAAAUUAUUUUUUUUUAAUAUUCAUACACAACAUUCAUUAGAGUGCUGAAAUAUGUACAAUCAUUGAAAUUAAUAUUCGAUACAAGUGAAGAUUUCAUUUAUUCGGCACGGAGAAUGUAUGCAUACGUUUUGCGCGAUGCGUUCCAUGAUCACUAAAAACGGUUACUUGAAGAAAUUGCAAACAUUAUGAGCGUGCUGUAAUUAAUUUUUUCUGCAAAUAAAAGUACUAUAUCUGCACUGAUA